ACUUGCAGGUUUACAUACAGUAAUAAACAAAUACGGACAAAAAAAACCAUCAAUAUACACUCCUAGAAAUCCGUUAAGUAAAGCUUCAGCACUCACCAUUUUGUUCUACAAAUUCUGUCGAAACAAUGGAUACGUCGCACCCAAGCCACCUUUACCACAGUACCUUAUGAUUUUCGAUAUUAACAAAUCAAACAAAGUGUUACCGAUUAUCGAGGAUCUGAGUGAUAAAGUCGUCUAUUACGGGUUUUUCCGUAGCGCCAAUCCUGAAAACCCUAAGUUACUGUGUAAAGAUCCUGCAUUUUUGACUCUAUAUGGUAUGGAAAAGAUUGGCAAAGAGGCCACAUUGGUGUUGUCUGUGCUAAAGGACGACAGUGACAAGAGCCUGUUGCAGUUCGUCGAUAUUGGGCCGAUGUACGUAAGCCCGGAUCACAAAGUGGGAAUCGAUGAUACUAUUAARUUUUUCCCAUAUGACUUUGACGAGAUGGACGGUGAGAUAAAAUUGUGGCUGGACCAGCAGGCGCUCCGGAACGAGGAAUAUACGGCCACGGAAUAUGAAUUUGAUGAAGGUGAAGAGGGAAUGAUUGAAGAAGAUUACUCCUCGCAGGAUCAUCGACAGGACUCAUCGAAGUAG